GGUGUAUCUUCAUUUGAGGUGUUGGAAAAUUUAUAUCAACGAUGCACGGACAGACUGGAAUAUCGUACUCGAUUGGCACAAUCUGCGCUCAAUAUUUUGCUGACGUUGCCACAAGCCUUCCAUUAUGAGUUUGUGCAAAGGAUUGAAGUGUUCUCGAAAAACCAACGUGUCGGCGCUAGGAACUAUGCUAUAGAGAUUGUGCCUUUAAUUAUCAAGGGAUUAGAUCUUCGUGGGCCCGAUCCAGGACCUAUUGAGUAUCCUUCUGACAACGAUGUAACACGUCAUGAGACAAACGGUGCAGCAUCUUCAUCUGAAGGUGAGCCUAUGGAUGUAGGCGAAGGUACUGCAAGCGAUGAGGAUGAGGGAGAUUCUGACAACAAAAGUGGGAGUGAAUCUGACGAAGCAUCUGACCGAGCAGGAAGCAAAGCUAAAAAUGCUAAGAAUACCGCGCCUGUUGCACCAAGAGAGGAGCGUGUUCGGGUUCCUGUUCUGCCGGCUUUGUACAGAUGUGUUAUACGAAGUUGUCUUGACAAAGCAUCCACUGUUCGCUUGCGAGCCAUGUUUCAUUUAACACCGUUACUUGAGAAUGAACAGCAUCGGGAGCUGCUCAUUCAUCAUGCAAGAAAGAUGUUUGAGGAAACUCCAAAGAUAUUCGUCGGGAUUGUUAAUGAAAAAGAAGAUGAAAUCGACAUUGAUGCGGACGAAAUCAACGAGGAUAUGUUUUUGGACGAUUCUGAGAUUGUUAUCGAUAACAUCAUGCUGCACGUUAUAUUAACCGGAGCAAGAGAUGAUACGGUAAAUAUCGGGAGAUAUUUGGAGAAAUAG